CAGCUGAAUAUAUUAAGCUUUCAAUAGCCGGUAUUUAUAUUCCUAGCGCGUUGUUGUGUAUGUAGCCAUAGCGUUCUUACCUCUCGUUGGAAACAACUGCUACAUCGUCUAUUUUGACUAUCCAUUUAAUCUCAGCUGUUCUGAAAAGCGAUACCAAUGUCUUAAGCACAGUGAGAUAAGGGAGAGAGUGCGCUUUUUCUGACGGGGAUGGUGAGAAGGCUUCAAGACCUCAUCACUACCUCCGUGGAUUUGUGAGGGAUUUAUUUCGUUGGGAUAUAGUCACUGGAGCAAAGGAAUAAUCCAUCGGAAAAUCCAGUUGAAUUGUCAGCUUCUUCAACAGGAUGCAGCAGUGAGCAGGCGGGCUAUCGCUCGUGACAAUGGGGAUACUGGUGGCGUCGGCCUGUGCGGGCCAGGCCAACUGCUACAGCAACUCCUCCAAAGACUACUGCUACUCUGCACGUAUCCGGAGUACCGUGCUCCAGGGCCUGCCCUUCGGGGGCGUGCCCACUGUCCUCGCCCUUGACUUCAUGUGCUUCCUGGUUCUGCUCUUUGUCUUCUCCAUCCUGAGGAAGGUGGCAUGGGAUUACGGCCGGCUUGCCCUGGUGACCGACGCUGACAGACAGAAGAAGCGAUUCGCAAACGGCCUGGAGGAGCGGGAAUACGUGGCUUCAGCAUUACAUUCAGAAACGCCAGAUCGAUACGAGCGCCUCACAUCUGUCUCCAGCUCCGUGGAUUUCGAACAGCGAGACAACGGUUUCUGUUCCUGGCUGACUGCCAUAUUCCGAAUAAAAGAUGAGGAGAUCCGUGAGAAGUGUGGUGAAGAUGCCGUGCAUUAUCUCUCUUUCCAGCGGCAUAUCAUUGGCCUGCUUGUGGUGGUGGGCGUGUUGUCUGUGGGCAUCGUACUGCCGGUCAACUUCUCCGGAAACCUGCUGGAAAACAACGCCUACAGCUUUGGGCGGACAACAAUAGCAAACCUGAAUUCGGGGAAUAAUUUGUUGUGGCUGCACACGUCGUUUGCGUUCAUGUACCUGCUCCUCACCGUCUACAGCAUGAGACGCCACACCUCCAAGAUGCACUACAAGGAGGACGACCUGGUGAAACGCACAUUGUUUAUAAAUGGCAUCUCGAAAUAUGCAGAGGAGAUCCAAAUAAAGCAGCAUUUUGAACAGGCCUACGAGAACUGCAUCGUCCUGGAGGCACGCAUCUGCUACAACGUAGCCAAGCUCAUGGCCCUCAACGCCGAGAGGAAGAAGACGGAGCGCAGCAAGAAGUUCUUCACCGACUUGAUGGCGAAGGAGCACAUGCCCACCAUGAUCAACCCCAAGCCGUGUGGCCACCUGUGCUGCUGUGCCAUCACAGGGUGUGAGGAGGAGGAGGCGGUGAGCUACUACACCAAGCUGGAAGCCAAACUGAAGGAGGAGUACAGGAAGGAGAAAGAGAAGGUCAACACCAAGCCACUGGGCAUGGCAUUCGUCACCUUCCAGAACGAGGCCAUGACUGCUGUAAUCCUGAAAGACUUUAACGCGUGUCAGUGUCAGGGCUGCAAGUGCCGUCAGGAGCCGCGAUCCUCUCAGUUCAGCGAGAGUCUCCACAUCAACAGCUGGAGUGUGACCUAUGCCCCCGACCCCCAGAAUGUGCGCUGGGAGCAUUUAUCUCUGGGAGGUGUUUCCUGGUGGAUUCGCUGUUUUGUCAUCAACUGCAUCCUCUUCAUCCUGCUCUUCUUCCUCACUACCCCCGCCAUCAUCAUUUCUACUAUGGACAAGUUUAACGUCACCAAGCCAGUGGAAUACCUCAAUAAUCCCAUCAUCACCCAGUUCUUCCCCACUCUUCUGCUGUGGGCCUUCUCUGCUCUUCUGCCAACCAUUGUCUACUACUCUGCUUUCUUCGAGGCUCACUGGACCAGGUCAGGAGAAAACAGGACCACAAUGCACAAAUGCUACACAUUUCUCAUCUUCAUGGUCCUUCUGCUGCCAUCACUUGGGCUCAGCAGUCUGGAUGUGUUCUUCCGCUGGCUGUUUGACACACAGUUCCUGGCUUUUGCCACUGUCAGAUUUGAGUGUGUGUUCCUGCCUGAUAACGGAGCAUUUUUUGUGAACUACGUCAUAGCGUCGGCGUUCAUCGGGAACGCCAUGGAUCUACUGCGGAUUCCAGGCCUUCUCAUGUACAUGAUCCGUCUGUGCCUUGCUCGCUCUGCUGCUGAGAGACGCAAUGUCAAACGGCACCAGGCCUAUGAGUUCCAGUUCGGUGCUGCCUACGCCUGGAUGAUGUGCGUCUUCACUGUUGUUAUGACAUACAGCAUCACAUGCCCGAUCAUCGUGCCCUUCGGCCUGAUGUACAUGCUCCUGAAGCACCUGGUAGAUCGGUACAAUAUGUACUACGCAUACCUGCCCUCCAAACUGGACAAGAAGAUCCACUCCGGAGCUGUCAAUCAAGUGGUGGCCGCGCCCAUCCUCUGCCUCUCCUGGCUGCUGUUCUUCUCCACUGUACGCACAGGAUUCCUGACCCCGACGUCCAUGUUCACCUUCGUCGUGCUCAUAAUCACCAUCGUGGUGUGCCUGUCGCACGUCUGCUUCGGGCACUUCAAGUACCUCAGCGCUCACAACUACAAGAUUGACAGCAAGGACGAGGUGGACAGUGUGGAGAAUGGGAGGCCGGCUCGCUCCUCCCCUUCUGGCAAGUCGCAGCAGCAGAUGUACAUCGCCCAGGUCCUGCAGGACCCGAACUCCGACGAGGUGGGAGGAGCCAGCGGAGAGGAUGAUGGCCAGGGGUCCUCGCAGGACGAGGAGAUGAUCAAUGGAGGCAACAGCCUCAACGAGGCUGACUUCCAGUCUGGGGAGGACAGCCUGAUCGCCAACGAAGUUCACCAAUAACAGCACAGAGAGAGAGAGAGGGAGGAGGGGUUAGAGGAGGACGAGAGGGUCGCGUAGGACUUUUCUAUCCCACCACUGAGCCGUCGCCUUCCGGAGCUUUCUGCACCUUCGUGUGAACCAUGUCAUCUCUCUCAUGAGCCUCGUGAGCAGACGAAGCAGGUUGGUUGAUGAGGAGCAUUACUGCUUUAUGUAGAGUGUUUUUGUUCAGCGUAAACAGAACUUUAGCAACGUCUCCUGCCAAAAAGAUCACGGCACCGUGACCAAGCACAAAACGCACAUGUAAAAAAAAAAAAAAAUCUGCACACAUACAUGCACACUCACAAACGUGCAUCCUUACAGACUUACGUUGUGGAGACGUUGAUACACACACAGGUACAUGGUAGACAGAUUAAUACCCAUUCACACACACACAUUCACUGUUGUCGUCGUGCUACAGACUGGAUCUGUGCAGACAGAAAAUGACAACGAUGAUAGAUGUUUGCUUGUGGGUGUGCGUAGGUACGUGCGUGUGUGUGCGUGUGUUUUUUUCCUUUAAAAUUUUUGUUUUCCCAAACACUUUUUGUGGAAGCGGCGGCAUGCAAGGCACACUACGAUAGUUCUACAGCACUCCUUACAAUGGCACCGCAUAGGCGAAGGCUUUCACACUUUUCCACACCUGGGAACAGACUGCUUAGAACAGACCACUGCUGUCUGCCAGGCCCAGAAUCCUCCGGAGGUGAACAGCGUGAACGGAAUUGUGGGAACGUCAGGCUCCCAAAGCAUCCGCCGACCUUCCAUCUAUCUCCAGGACACUCUCCACUUUUCUCUGGCUUUGUUCGGGGCCUCUCCCCUAUGUGCUGACCCUUCACCCGUAGCGUGAGCUGCUGCAGAACUGACUUCCUUUGCUUGCUCCCGCUGUCUCUCUUUGCCCGAGUGAACAGAUUUAAUAUUUCACCCGGCUUUCCACAAGCACACAGGCUUGUAGACCCUGCCCCUGUUGCGGAAAUGCCCAGGCAAGGUGAUUCUCAUGGAAGUUCCUGUGGAAGUCUCAUGUGCUUGAUCAAACAUGCUCUUGAGGUUAAGCCAAAAUAUGUGGAGUCAU